AUGGAGACGGGCGCGGAAACUUCUGGCAGGCGGAACAUCCAGGGCUUGCGGCUGGUGCAAUGCAACCUCAGCGACAGGUGGUUGGCGCAAUUGGGCCAUAGUGGGACCAGUGCCAAGUGGAGCGCCGUUCGACUCGUAGACCUGAGGUACAACAACCUCACUGCCGCAAGUGCUCCUGCCAUUGCAAGCGUAAUCUCUGGCGGUCUGCAGGCCCUGCUUUUGGAUGGCAACCGACUGCAAACAGAAGGGUUUCAGGUCCUGUGCAAUGCCAUGAAGACUGCGGGGCAGAAGUGCGCCCUGAGGUGGUUGUCCAUGGCCAAUAACGACUUGGGCCACCCCUGCGGGUCCCUCCUGGCUGAAUUGUUUGGAUCCACCGGCAGCCACUCUUUGCAGGAGCUCAGCCUGGCCUUAAAUCCGAAGAUCAGCAGCGGUGAAAUCUCAACGCUGCUGCGAGCACUGGCGCGCAUUGGGCCAAAGGUGGGGCGAUUGCAGCUGCUCGAUGCAGCUGGAACUGGCGCUGGACCGCAGGUCUUGUCAGCAGCCACGAGGGCGAUCCUGCGCAUUGAAGGACUGGUUAUCGACCUGUCAGGUUGCAAAGCACUCCAGUCCUUCCGCGACUUCUCUAUGCCAGGUGGCACUGACGCUUCGGAAAUUGACCGCUGCUUAGCAGAAGGUCGGCUUCUGCUCCCGGCGGGAUCCAUGUCAAGCUGA